AUGGCCUGCGAUCGCCUGAUAGAAUGCAAAGGUGAUAAAUCGUCUUAUAUCAAGCACCUAGAAUUACGCAUUAUUGAAUUAGAUAAUGCCUAUUCGCCGUCUUCUCCUGAAGCCCAGAGGCCUUGUACAGUCUGCCAGAAUCCUUCUCACUACAUACAGGGCGUUGAAACACAGGUUUCUGCUGAUGAUUUUGAUCAUCAACAGAGAAUCCCUGAGAGUUCACUCCAAAUAUUCUUCUACGAACCACGAAACAAGUGUGAGUUGCCAGUCACAGCAGGGACUCCUUUGCCGACGAAAGCCACAACACGUGAAUUGCAUCGUUUGUCCUCAUUCGCAUCUUUUAUCAGUAUUCUCCCUGAAUCAGAUGACUGGAAAAGAUGGACAGCCAUUAGUGAAUUAAAUCGAAAGGAGAUUGUUCAUCAGUUGGUAUCCGGGCCAACCCUACCAGACCAUACGUUCUUAUCGACAUCAGCCCUUACGACUCCAGAGUUGUCGAUCCUCCUUGAUUACAGCAAGUGCAUACCGAGAGAAGAGAUGGAUACUACGGCUUUGGCAUGCUUUCAAGAACUCAUAUUCUGUUCAAUGUGCGCAGUGGCUCUGGAGGUCGCCCCUAAAGAACAUGUCUUUCAAGCUAUGCGGUCGAUUUUCCGGUCUCAUGCUACAGAAAAAAGCCUAAGGGGCCGGAUUCGUGGUGCGAAAUGGGCAAAUAGGGUCAUUGACAUCUUGUCUGGCACUACAUGGGGCUUGUGUAGUUGGGAUAUCAUCUAUAAUGUCAAACAUCGGGUCAACUUUUUUAGUCAAUUUAAUGACUACUCUAUCGAUCCCUAUGACUUGAAGGCAAAGCUGAAAAAAAGAUUCUAUCCAAAGGAUCAACAAGUGAUAACAAUUCCUUUCGCAAUUCCUUCUAUUAUACGAACUAUCUAUAGAAAUCGUAUAUCCACCACCAGCAAGCUUUUCAUAUUUCCCCAGCUAAUCUUCAAAGUCGACCAUCUUGAAACACCCAAUGAAUCAAUUCGUACGGUCUCUAAUUCGCCACUAAGCUUAACAAUCGAUGGUGCUUCUCAAGAGCACUCUCCAUCCAGCCCCAUGGAAUGUUCUCCCGGCACAACAAACAACGAAGAAACAAUGGAUUGUAUGGUCAGCGACAAGACCUGUCCCCUGGAAAGUAAUGUUUGUCAGCAAAAUGUGAUUUGCGAUUCUGAGCAAUUUCUUGAUCGCGAAUUAUCUUACGUGCCGACGUCUGGUCAUCACUCCAGCCCUGUCAGUCAGCACCAAGACAGAGAACUCGAGUCGUAUAAUUUCACCCCAACCACACUGCAAUCUUUACCAGGAAACCAACAUGAUGGUAGUGAUCAUAUCCUGCCACCAACUGACCCCGACCGGUGGACCACCCCGAGUUUAGUUUGGGACGUCCCAGGCAAUUUGAACCCGCUGCAACACGAACCAUUACCCUCGAGUCUCUGGGAUCAAGUUUGGUCUUGGAGAGACGAUGGGAACGACAGCAUGCAACUGGGAAAUUACUCUGAUCCACCACAGCUGACCACAUCGGCUCAGUUUAUCCCACCGCAAGGCAAUUUGAACCCGCUGCAACACGAACCAUUACCCUCGAGUCUCUGGGAUCAAGUUUGGUCUUGGAGAGACGAUGGGAACGACAGCAUGCAACUGGGAAACUACUCUGAUCCACCACAGCUGACCACAUCGGCUCGGUUUAUCCCACCGCAAGGCAAUUUGAACCCGCUGCAACACGAACCAUCACCCUCGAAUCUCUGGGAUCAAGUUUUUGGUUUCACAAAUGAUAGAAAUGAUGGCAUACGACAACAUGGAAGCCCCAGUAUAGAUCCAAUCUUCAGCUUCAGUCUUGACGUAUUACAAAGCAGCCCUCGCCUGCCACGAUCAACUGACUCGGGUGAACUCUGGAACAUGCAAUCACAAAGCCACCCCAACCUGCGGCAACGCGGAACCCCAUCGUCGAGCCUCUGGGGCCAGGUUUGGCGUUGGACAAAUGGCGAAAGUGACAGUAUAGGGCAACAUGAAAACUAUAACCAACCACUUUUGGCCACCUCAAGUCAAGCUGACGGUCAUAUGCUACAAGGGAAUUUUGACCCAAUACCACCGACCGACCAUAGGCAAGUACACCAUCAGGGCAACCCUAUGCUGCAGCAAGGUCUCUUAGGUAAUCACUCGUCACCAUCCACUUUUCCCAAAGACUUGUAUAAUCGCCAAGCUGCAGGAUAUUCGGACGCAGCCUACCAGAAUCCCUUUUGGGCUGCGAAGAGUCCGAUUUUAGUAAUAUGA